GUUGGGGCAACGAAAAGCCGCACCGGGAGGGUGCGCUUCGUUGAUCGAGGACGUCCGGUGCGCACCGGUGCACUUGAUCGAAGAUGAAGGGGCGCACCUCAGUGCCCCGGUGCGCACCGGUGCGGAUGAUCGAGGAUGCUAUCAGUUUUGUUCGUUUUCAACUCACGUGAUACGAACACGUGGUUUGGGAAACAUGGCGGCCGCCAUGUGAAAAUAGGUUGUGAAAAUACUCCGCUGGGGACAGCGGGGACUCGCUACGUAGUUCUAAUUUUCCGCAGUUCACGGUAAUACCUCUUCAUAUGGCCGUUAGACGACGAAUCAAAGCGAAGUUCCGACACACCUGUCACGUUUAAAACGCUGAUUCUUGUGUCGCCGUGUAGAGAGGUCCAUCUGCGAUCACGAUGCCUGAGCUGUGCCCAAGCGGAUUCGUCGAGGACAUCGAAGACGUCGUCAAACCGGGAUCGGAUCCCGUUUCGGUUCCGACACGAAACCUUGUCGUUCCACGGAUCAAGAGAAGUAACAAGGAUAUCGCAAAAGCUACAGGGGACAGUUUCCUGCCGGGUACACACAAGAUCUACGUCAAGACGUGGGGCUGUGCCCACAACAGCUCGGACAGCGAGUACAUGGCGGGCCAGUUGGCAGCAAAGGGCUACUCCAUCGUCGAGGACGCGUCGAGUGCAGACCUGUGGUUGCUCAACAGUUGUACGGUGAAGAACCCGGCGGAAGACCACUUCAGGGGCGCCAUCGACUCUGGGCUGCGGCAGGGAAAGAAGGUGGUGGCGGCCGGCUGCGUGUCGCAGGCCACUCCCAACGUGGAGUACCUGAAGGGGCUGAGCGUGGUGGGCGUCCAGCAGACAGACAGGGUCGUGGAGGUCGUCGAGGAGACCCUCAAGGGCAACUCCGUGAGACUCCUGGGCUCCAAGAAGGAUGGGCGGCGGAAAGCGGGAGGGGCGGCCCUUACCCUGCCCAAGAUACGACGCAACCCGCUCGUCGAAAUUAUUGCCAUCAACACCGGAUGUCUGAACCACUGCACCUACUGCAAGACGAAGCAUGCUCGCGGGGAUUUGGGCAGCUACUCCAUCGAAGAACUUGUGGCUAGAGCGAAGCAGGCAUUCCAAGAGGGUGUCCGUGAGAUCUGGCUGACCUCGGAGGACACGGGCGCCUAUGGCCGUGACAUUGGGGUGACCUUGCCCGACCUGCUGCGAGAGAUGGUGGCAGUGGUUCCCGAGGGCUGCAUGCUGCGCCUUGGGAUGACCAACCCGCCCUACAUUCUGGACUACCUCGAGGACAUGGCAGAAAUCCUGUCCCACCCGCGAGUCUAUUCCUUCUUGCACGUGCCUGUCCAGUCCGGUAGUGACCCCGUCCUGGCGGAGAUGAAGAGGGAGUACACUGCGGCGCAGUUCCGCAUCGUCGUCGAUUUCCUCAGAAAGGCUGUCCCAGGCAUCACGAUAGCCACGGACAUCAUCUGCGGCUUCCCGACCGAAACGGAGGAGGACUUUGAGGAAACGAUGGCGCUGGUUCGGGAGUACCGGUUUCCGUCGCUCUUCAUCAACCAGUUCUACCCGAGACCCGGCACUCCGGCAGCCAAGAUGAAACGGAUACCCACCCACGUGGUGAAGGAGAGGACAAAGAGACUCAGCGAGCUGUUUCAGUCGUACCAGACCUACGACGGCCGGGUCGGGGAGAGGCAGGCGGUGCUGGUCACGGAGGUGGCGCACGACAAGAAGCACCUGGUCGGGCACAACAAGUUCUACGAGCAGGUCUUGCUGCCAAUGAACGAAGACUACAUGGGGCAGUCGGUGGACGUUGUAAUUACGAGUGCCGGGAAACAUUUCAUGCAUUGCGAAGUACUCGGACUGGGCUCUUCCAUGGACAAGACUCUUCCGAGACCGUUGCCAAAGGGUCAAGUUUCCGGGAUGCAAUCGGACGCACUGACGCAGCACCGUCUCAGAGACGUGCGCCUCGUGUGUAGAUCUUGGUCCGGACACUGGCAGUGGACUGCCUCCGUAUUUAUUGCUCUGGUCAGUGCUUUCCUGGCAUACGUGUGUACAAGAAGAGGAGUAACGUUAUGAGAUUUCCCACUAAAUAAAGAGUUGGAACUUAAACACGA